CUGAACCCUGUCAGAAAAGUCCCGCUGCAGCACCGUGCCAUGCGACACCUCCUGGUCACCCUCCGCCGGCGCUACUGCUACCAUCCUAAACCCCUCAUCCAACGUGCACACUACAAACCCCAGAACCCUCAGCCACCACCUGCCCCACCUUCACCACCAAAACCUCCCAAAAAACCAGCAAAAUUUAGCCUCCAUGGGGAGUCAUGGGAGGACCCGUAUAGCUGGAUGUCGCAGUUGAAUGAUAAGGUAGCCAUGCGCCACAUGGACGUCUACAUGGAGCAAGAAGAGAAGUAUAUUGAGGCCGUCAUGUCCGAUACUGAACGCCUCCAGUCCAAACUCCAGUCUGAAAUGGCCUCUCGCUUUUCAUUUGACCUCUCCACUCCUCCCCUCCGCUGGGGACCCUGGUUGUACUACAGACGAGCAGAAGAAGGGAAGCAGUAUCCAGUGUUAUGUCGAAGAUUAGCUAGCUUAAAUGAAGAGUUUAUUUCUCAUAAAUCUCCAUCAGCCGGCUUUGAUUUCACCUCUGGGCAGAGAAUUGAGCAGAAGUUGCUUGAUUAUAACCAGGAAGCUGAAAGAUUCGGGGGUUAUGCUUAUGAGGAAUUGUCAGAAGUUUCACCUGACCAUCGCUAUCUGGCAUACACUAUGUAUGACAAGGACAAUGACUACUUUAAAUUAUCUGUGAGGGACUUGAAUUUUGGUACACUUUGUAGCAAGCCUCAGGCUGAUCGAGUUUCAAAUAUAGCUUGGGCCAAAAAUGGACAAGCAUUGCUAUAUGUUGUAACCAAUCAUGAUAAGAGGCCUUACAGGCUAUAUUGUAGCAUGGUUGGAUCGGAUGAAGAUGACAUUCUGCUUUUAGAGGAUCCUCAAGAAAAUGUUUAUGUAAAUAUAAGACAUACCAAGGAUUUUCAGUUUGUGACUGUGAAUACAUUCUCAACCACAUCUUCAAAGAUCUUUCUAAUAAAUGCAGCUGAUCCCUUAUCUGGCAUGACUCUAGUUUGGGAGUGUGAGACACGAGUCCACUGCAUAGUUGAGCACCAUCAAGGUUUUCUUUACCUCUUUACUGAUGCUGCCAAAGAGGGCCAGCCUGUUGAUAACCACUAUCUCCUGCGUAGUCCUGUUGAUCCUUCACCAAGUCUCAGAAAAUGGGAGAAUGUCUUUGCUGAUGACGAUGAGUUGAUUGUUGAAGAUGUUGACUUUAGUAACUCACAUUUGGCACUAAUUGUAAGAGAAAAUAGGCUGUUUAAGCUCUGUUCAGUUUCUCUUCCUCUGCCUAGUGGCAAGGGAUCUUUUCAUCUCAAAGAGCUUUAUCCACAAUUUUUGCCACUUCCAAGUAAUGUUACUCAAAUAUCGCCUGGACCAAAUUAUGAUUACCUUUCGUCAACCAUGCGCUUUACGAUAUCCUCACCCGUGAUGCCCGAUGCUGUAGUUGAUUAUGAUUUGUCAAAUGGGAAAUGGAAUAUUGUUCAACAGCAGAAUUUGCUGCAUGAAAGAACACGUGUUUUGUAUGGGUCAGCAUCAUCUGGUAGCAGGGGUGAGAAGUCACCUUUGUCCAGGGUAGAUGAAGUCAAUAUUGCAAAUGAUAAUCCAUGGAAUGACCUUGUUGAAUAUUAUGGUUGUGAUCAGUACAGUGUUCCAUCUGAUGGAGUUGUUGUUCCUUUAACCAUAGUGUAUUCACGUCAUAGAAGGAAAGAGGAUCAGAGUCCUGGCCUGCUCCAUGGCCAUGGAGCUUAUGGAGAGAUACUUGAUAAAAGAUGGCGCAAUGAGUUAAAAAGCCUUCUUGAUCGUGGUUGGGUGAUUGCAUAUGCUGAUGUUAGAGGUGGCGGUGGCUUUGGUAAAAAAUGGCAUCAUGAUGGCCAGCGCUCAAACAAGAUAAAUUCCAUUCGCGAUUAUAUCUGCUGUGCGAAAUUUCUGGUUGACAACAAGAUUGUGCAAGAAAAUAAGCUUUCUGGUUGGGGAUAUAGUGCUGGAGGAUUGUUGGUUGCUGCUGCAAUUAAUUCUUGUCCUGAUUUAUUUCGUGCUGCAGUUUUGAAGGUUCCAUUUUUGGAUCCAACCAAUACCCUUCUCUAUCCCAUUUUACCACUUACACCCGUUGAUUAUGAAGAAUUUGGGUACCCGGGAGAUGUUGAAGAUUUUCAGGCUAUGCGUGCUUAUUCUCCUUAUGAUAACAUACAGAAAGGUGUUCACUACCCAUCUGUUUUAGUGACCUCUUCAUUCAAUACCCGGUUUGGAGUUUGGGAAGCAGCAAAAUGGGUUGCACUGGUGCGUGAAAACUCUAUUUAUGAUCCCAAACGCCCAAUACUGCUCAACUUGACAACGGAUAUAGUCGAGGAAAAUAGAUACUUGCAUUGCAAGGAGUCUGCUUUAGAGACUGCUUUUCUUAUCAAAAUGAUGGAUCUUUAGGGAUGCUUCUUUAACACAGCACCUCUGUUCCUUGACCUGUGCAAUCAGAAGCAAGGUCGAGUCAAUGGGGGCAUGCAUAGCAAGUGGAUGCAUGCAAACCGUCGGGGUAUUCUAUUAUUAUGACGACUACAUUCGAACACACAAAGUUCAGGCUGUGUCCAAUCUGUGCUCUUCGUUCCAGGUGGUCGUUAGCCUUUCUGAUGCUGCCGAGAUCCAGUCGAGCUUCUUGGUUCAUAUGAACGAUGAAUUAGUUUAACAUCAGUUGCUGGCUGCUUUGCUUUUCUGUUUGGCAUAGCUGGUUCUUGACCGCUAUUGAUAUGUUGAUGACCCGGGCGGGUAAAUCGGUAAAUCUAAGAAAUCUUGAGCCUGGUUGCUACUUUUUCCAUUGGUAGAAAUCUUCUACCAUGCAAAGUUACUUUUUGGGUUUGCUAAUCCGAUAAAGGCUUCGCAGACUUUUUGUCAAAAUGUUGCUCCUUGAGCACUGAGCACGGCACUACUUUAUUGUGCUAAAACUUGA